UGUCAAUCGAUCCGUUUCCUGCUCGGCUUUUUCUUCUCGAGUGCGUUCGUCUCUCUUUGCCUCGGAUGGCGCGUCUGGAGCCGCUGCUGUCCGCCGGGGAAAAGAAGCCGCCAGAGCUCCCGCUACUACUGUCUCUCGGUCUCUUUCUUGUUCCCCCGGGUGUUGCCUCUCUGUCCCUCUCUUUCUCUUUUCUCGCUCUUUCUCUUUCCUCGCUUCUUCUCUGUUCUCGCUCUUUUGUUCGCUCUCUCUGUCUUUUCUCGCUUCCUUUCUCUUGUUCUCUGUCUUGCUCUCUCCCUCGCACUCGCGCUGAGUUCGCUGUCUUGCUCUCGUUCUCGUUCUCGGGUCUCCGUCGCUUCAGCAUCCGGUGUUCCUCGAACAUCUGAGCACUCGACUCGUCUGUCGCGCCAUCAACGCGACAGGCAGACUGGCCUCUUCUCUCCUCUCUCUUUCUCUUCGCCGUCCAUGGCAGCAGGUGACUGUCACGACGGAAAGGAAGAGGGGAAGAGACGGCGUUUUCUCUCGGCAGCGCCGCCUCUCAGGAGGCAGAGAGUCUCUCCAAGAAGGUAGGACGCGGUCACAACGCUCCGUCCAGAUCCAGCUUCGGUUCUCCAGCGUUGCGUCGGGGGUCUCUUCGCCGCUCCAGCGUCCUCUUCUUCGGAUUCGCAGAGCUCCCUCUUUCUUUCUUUCCUUCUUUCCUUCUUUCUGGCGUCGAUUUCCAGCCGUCUGGUUGCAAAGAAAGAGCGAGAAUCGGUGAAACCUACCUAGUCGCGUCGAAGUGAACAUCUGGCCGACCGUCCGUUCUCGCCGAUGUAGCUCAGUCGGUAGAGCGCGAGGCUCUUAACCUCGUGGUCGCGGGUUCGAGCCCCGUCGUCGGCUUUUCUUUUUUCUAUCGUCGAGGAACUUCGCGUUUUUCGUUCCUUCUCCUCCCCUCCUCUCGGAAAAUCCUUCCCCUGCCUUCGUUUUCUGGGCCGCGUAACCUCUCACGAGAAAUUGGUGCCUCUUCGCGCCAGCCUCGCGAGGUCGCAGUGAAAAUUCUGCCUUCCACGCGUCUGUGCACGCAUUCUGCCGCAGCAACACGGAGCGCAGUUUUCUUUUCGUUGCAUGCGCAUGCAUCUGUGAAAACUGUCGGGAAAACAGAUCCCCGAGGAGAGCCUUGGGACCCGCAAAAAUACUCACUUCGUUUCGCUAUUCGAGACGCAGGAAACGAGGCGAAAGAACGGCUACCGAUCCUGCCUCGCGCGGCCGUUGGGAAAACGAGGAGCUCGAAGCCUGCAGCUGCGAGGCCGACUCAGCGAAAGGUCUCUUCGGGGGGCUUCAAACGCAGUGGUUUCUGCUUAGGUUGUCCUGUCUUCUUUGUCGUCAUAUCCUUCUUCGGAACGACAGAGGGGACUCGCGCAGCACGGUGCAUCUCUCUCAGGAGAGAGGGGUGCGGCAGAAGAAGAGAGGAAAUCGGCCGAGGAGAACUAGAAGGAAAGAGUGGAGAGACAUCUGAAGGGCAAAACGGAGCGAUACGCGACUGCGGAGCCUUUUUUUUUCUUCGAUUUCUCGCCUCCCAAUCCCAACCGUUGUCUCGCCUCGCGUCUGGCUCUUUUGCGUCUGCUUGCCCGUUCCGUAGCCUUCCGUGAUACGCAUGUUCUUCGUCUUCUCCAGCUGUCUCCUCGUCUUGUCAGUCGUCCCCUUCUCUCCGUUCUUCUUCUCCCUCUCGUUGUUCCUUCUCGUCUUCCUCUCCCCGUCGUCUCAGUUUCUUCCGCGCGAUGUUGUCGCUCCGGUUCUCUUCCGGCCGGAAGGCGAAGAAGGUUGGAGGGUCGCGAUCCGCUUCUUCUCCCUUUGCUGUCGCCUCGCGCCGCCCUGUCGCGGGGACCUCUCGGUCCUCCUGCGCUUCUUCCUCUUUUUCCUCGGACGCACAAGAUGCACAACUCAGUCCAGCGAAGAAGCGGAACCGGGAAGAGACGGAGCUUCGCGAAGCGCCUAAGAAGCAGAAAAAAGGAUGCGGCGGACAGGCAGAAGAAGCGCUGCACAUGCGCAAGGAGACGCAACUCGGAAAGCUCGGUUCGCGUCUCUCUUCUGCAGCCACCGCGGUCUCUGUACCCGCAGUUCCCUCUCCUCGAGCGGGCGAGCAACUCCUGAAGCAACCGGUGCAUGCGCGCGCCGGCGCGCAGAAACGCGAGAAGAAGAGAAGAAAGAAAGUAUCGGACGUCGCUGGAAACCAUGCAGACAGAGCCUCAGAGUCUCGGUCGUCUUCAUCUGUCUCUACUGCCCCUCUCGCGCAACGAGGAGGGAACAGCUGCCUCAAAGACGCGAGCAUCGUCGAAGACGCACGAGGCCUCGGAGCUGACGCGUCUCGAAAGAAGAACAGAAAAAGACACAGACGGAGGCUCGCACAAAGCGGAGAACAGGGACCCCAGGACGGCGAACCGCAGCCGGUAGACGAAAGAGAAGUUCAACGGGAGGAACGAGAAGAAGAAAAGAAAAAAAAAGACCUUCGACCGCAGAGUCCCCACGAAGACAGGCGAGAAGGCCGCGACAGAUCCAGACACUCUCUCGACGCACAGAAAACUGCACUUUUGCAGAAGCUGCAAGGCAGUCGAUUUCGCUCUCUCAACCAGUGUCUGUACACCUCCACUGGAGACCAAGCUCUCGCCGCCUUCACCAAGGAUCCUUCCCUGUUCCACGCAUACCACGAAGGCUAUCGGUUGCAGGUAGCCCAGUGGCCGUCGAAUCCUCUCACACACAUCAAAGCCUGGGUGCGGACGUUGCCUGCUUCUUGGAUCAUUGCGGAUCUAGGCUGCGGAGAUGCUGACCUCGCCAAAAGCUUCCCUGAACGAAAAAUCCUGUCUUUCGACCUCGUGGCUGCAUGCCCGGAAGUGACAGCUUGCAACGUCGCCCAUCUCCCGUUGGAAAACGAAACGGUGCAUGCAGCGGUCUUCUGUCUGAGUCUCAUGGGCCGAGACUGGCCUUCCUUCCUUCAAGAAGCGCAUCGCAUUUUGAAGCCCGGCGGCUUGUUGAAGAUUGCGGAGGUGAUCUCGCGCUUGCAAGACGAAUCUGCAUUUAUUCGGGGGGUCGAAGGGAUCGGCUUCUCCCUCGCCUGCGCGCCUGAGAAUGUGAAGUCCUUCUUCUUUCUCCUCGAGUUCCGCAGAGGCGCCGCUGGCCACGAGCAGAAGAAACUCCAAACCAAGAGGAGCGCAGACGCCGGAAAGGACGCACGACCCAGAGAGAAGAAAGGUCACAACGCGGUGGAGAAGCGAGACGGCAGAGAAGAGACUCUCCCCACCUUCGCUGCAAACAACAAAGAGAAGGGAAAGAGUCGACUCGAAGCGUCUCUCUUGCGGCCCUGUAUUUACAAACGGCGUUGAAGAACCAGAGUGCAGGCGCGAGCAAGACGCUUUCGACGGCGAAAGGAACUGGCACUCAACCGGACAUUAACGAUGUGGGGAAAGGGCAGAAGCGUGAUGUUCUGUGCUGUUUGGAGACACUGCGAGGGAUGACGAUGGAACGGAAAAUAGAAGAAGAAAGUCGACGAAGGAGGUGAACAGAUCGACAGGACAACAUACACACACAGAGCAGAAGAGUAGGCGCGCAGGGCAGAGAAACGAAAAAAUGAGGAAACGAGAGGGAAAACGGCCGAAGAAAAAUGCCUUCACCCUCGUGACAGGCGCGACUGAAGCGUCGGUAGCUCCACUUUUAACAUCCCAAACAGACGCAAGGCGAGUCUCUUUCCCUCUUUCCUCCUUUCUUCCUCCAAAACCCAGCCGUUUCCUGCCAGUG